AUGGCAACUUCAGAAUUUAGUAGUCCUUUGAGGAAAUACAAAUUGGUUUUCCUUGGUGAACAAAGUGUUGGAAAAACUUCACUUAUUACUCGCUUUAUGUAUGACACUUUUGACAAUACAUACCAAGCGACUAUUGGUAUUGAUUUCUUAUCCAAAACAAUGUAUCUUGAAGACAAAACUGUACGCUUACAACUAUGGGAUACAGCAGGGCAGGAACGUUUCCGCAGUUUGAUUCCUAGCUACAUCCGUGACUCUUCUGUUGCAGUAAUCGUAUACGAUAUAUCCAAUCGCCAAUCUUUUAUGAACACAUCCAAAUGGAUAGAUGACGUGAGAGCCGAGAGAGGGGACGAUGUUAUUAUUGUACUUGUUGGAAACAAAUCUGAUUUGAGUGAAAAGAGAGAAGUGACGGUGGAGGAUGCUGAAAAGAGAUCGAAGGAAUUGAACGUUAUGUUUAUAGAAACAAGUGCUAAAGCGGGGCAUAAUGUAAAGACUUUAUUCAGAAAGAUUGCACAAUCAUUACCCGGUAUUGAUGGGAACAACCAAAACGAACAAAAAGAAUCAAGUGGACCGAAUUUUGGAAGAAAUAUCACAACGUAA